UUUCUCUUCUCAAAACCUUCCACAGUUUCUCUCGACCAAAGCUUAGCAAUGGUAGUCGAUUCAUUCGAAGUCGGUGUCGUUCCCUUCAACCCUGAUGGUUGGGGUCCUCCCGACGCCUCAUCUGAUUCCGCCACUGCCACAGCUCUCGCCGCCGUGAAUCUCCUCCCCAACGUCCCCUUCGCGUCCUUCUCUCGUUCGGAGAAGCUCGGUCGCGUCGCUGAUUGGACUCGCGCUCUGGCCAACCCCUCCGCACGACCUCCAACCGGAUCCAAAUCUGAUCCCACUGCCGUUUUCGAUUUCUCUGCCUUUGCCGUCGACGACGCCUUCCCCCUCGCCGCCUCCGGCGGAAACCCUGAUGAGGAUUCCGCCUUCCGCCUCGUCGACGGGAAGCCUCCGCCACGUCCCAAGUUCGGACCCAAGUGGCGGGGCAAUCAGCAUCACAACCGGUCGCAGUUGCCGCAGCGGAAGGACGAGGAGGUCGAGGCCCGGAAGCGUGAGGCGGAGAAGGAACGUGCCCGUCGCGAUCGUCUCUACAAUCUCAAACGGAACAAUGCCAAUCAGCAGCGCCGUGAAUCCGCGGUGUUCAAGUCUUCUGUGGAUAUUCAGCCGGAGUGGAACAUGCUUGAUCAGAUUCCUUUCUCCACCUUCUCCAAGCUUUCGUUCUCUGUUCAGGAGCCCGAGGAUCUCCUCCUCUGCGGUGGUCUCGAGUACUACGACCGUAGCUAUGACCGUCUCACGCCUAAGAACGAGCGCCGUCUCGAGCGUUUCAAGAACAGGAACUUCUUCAAGGUCACUACAAGCGACGAUCCUGUCAUCAGGCGCCUGGCGAAGGAAGACAAAGCCACUGUCUUUGCCACCGAUGCUAUUCUCGCGGCUCUGAUGUGUGCUCCUCGAUCAGUUUACUCUUGGGAUAUCGUCAUCCAGCGCGUUGGGAACAAGUUGUUCUUCGACAAGAGAGAUGGGUCGCAGCUUGAUCUGUUGUCUGUACACGAAACAUCACAGGAGCCCUUGCCUGAAGCCAAAGAUGAUAUAAAUUCUGCUUAUUCUUUGGGUGUGGAGGCUGCGUAUAUCAACCAGAACUUUUCACAGCAGGUUCUGGCGAGGGAUGGGAAUAAGGUAACGUUUGAGGAGCCGAACCCAUUUGCGAAUGAAGGUGAAGAGAUUGCUUCUGUUGCUUAUAGGUAUAGGAGAUGGAAGCUUGAUGAUGAUAUGUAUCUUGUUGCAAGGUGUGAGUUACAGAGCGUUGUUGAGGCCAACAACCAGAGACAAUUGCUUACUCUGAAUGCUCUUAAUGAGUUUGAUCCGAAAUAUUCUGGCAUUGAUUGGAGGCAGAAGCUUGAUACUCAGAGAGGCGCAGUCUUGGCUACCGAGUUGAAGAACAACGCCAAUAAGUUGGCUAAAUGGACUGCACAAGCUCUCUUAGCCAAUGCGGAUAUGAUGAAGAUUGGCUUUGUUUCGAGGGUUCAUCCUCGUGAUCAUUUUAACCAUGUAAUUUUGACCGUUCUGGGGUAUAAGCCGAGAGACUUUGCUGCUCAGAUCAAUCUGAACACUUCUAACAUGUGGGGUAUUGUGAAAUCUCUCGUUGAUCUGUGCAUGAAGCUUAAUGAAGGGAAGUAUGUUUUGGUUAAGGAUCCAUCAAAGCCUCAAGUGAGGAUCUACGAGGUUCCACCUGAUGCUUUUGAGAAUGAUUAUGUGGAAGAGGCGAUCCCUGAGGAAGAACAGAUACAGCCACCCGAGGAGAAUGCUGAGGCAGAUGGAGCUUCUACUAAUGAAUCCGAGGAUAAGAAGGCCGAUACUCAAGCCUGAUGGUAAUGUGAAGUUUUCUUGUGCGAGCCACUCUCUUCAGUUGAAAAGUUGUCAACUUUCUUGUUAAGAACUUGUGGAAUUAGUGCAAAUGCAAGUUUGGGUUUUGCGAUAAUUGUCUUGUAUCUUGCGACAUUAUCAAUUGCAGGAUAUGGACUUGCGAGAUUCUAAAACUCCUUGAAA